ACUAAAAGCUGCAAAACUAAGAGAGGAAGAGGAGGGGCAGGAUGGAUGCUGUGCCCGCACAAUUGCUUCUUCCAAAGCAUGUAUUGGAUGUGUGGGUCAUUGUCCUGAUCAUCCUGGUCACCAUUGUUGUCAUGACCGCCUUAGUACUGUGCCCAGCCACAGUUGUGAUUAUUUACAGAGUGCGGACACACCCUAUACACAAUGGCAUUGUGUGAGACUUGCUUCCCUUUCUCUGUGUG